GUUCUGAAUCACGAAUCGGACACCGCAUAGCAAACGAUUUAUUAGACAUCAAAAAAGAAAAGCGAAACACAUUGUGUCGUUUUGGUCUCUAGCAGAACAUCCUCCAGAGCAGAGCAGCUGGGGUCUUCAGUACGCAGGAGAGAGAGAGAGAGAGGGAGGGGAUUUCAUGAGUCCUCGCUAAACUUCAAACCCAGAGUAGAAAGCGAAAGCGGAGAUGAAUUGAGCGGCAGUGCUGUGUUAGCAUUCAAACAUGGACAAGAGAGGAUUCAGAGCGAUGUUGCUAGAAAUUUCCGACAAGCUUACAGAUGAUAACGUGGCCAAAUUAAAGUUUUUGUGCACAGACAUCGGCAAGAAAAGACUAGAGAGAAUAAACACCGGGAUUGAACUCUUCGAGUGCUUGAUCGAAAAAACUGCAAUUGGGCCCGAAAACACGGAGCUUUUACGAGAACUUCUGGACAAAGUCGGUCAGAGAGUUCUUAUUGAAAAAAUAGACGAUUAUGACAGGCAAACGACAGGAAGCCCGGCUUGUGGACUGGAUGCGAAAGAGCGAGAGAGAAUCGACGCGGCAACUGAAGUAGUGGUUGAGCAGCUGGGUAGAAAGUGGCCCUCCGUUGCAAGAAAGCUGGGGCUUCAGCAGACGCAGCUGGAGGGAAUCCAGGAGAAGCACGACCGUAAUCUGGAGGAGCAGGUCAGAGAGCUCAUCAGACAGUGGAUGAAGAUCAAGAAGGAGAACGCUCGAGUGGAAGAUCUCAUUCAAGCUCUGCGAGACUGCAAACAGAACCUCACGGCUGAUCUUGUGGAGAGAAAACUCGGGGCACUUUAAAAACAACUAAAACUUCACACCAUUAUGUGUAUUUUUGGAAGCUGUUGGGGAAAAAAGGACAAGCUUUGUGUAAUUAAUGUGAAUUUCCUUUAUUUUAAGAGCAAAAGAACUCUAAAUCAUUUACAGAUCUUCCUGAAGGAGCCGUGCACAGGUUUUGGUCAGGGAAAUGAAUUAGAUAAUAUAUUUGUACAGCGUAAUUAUAUUGAAGGGCAGGAGAUUAUUGAAUAAUGAGUGUCUUAAAGGGAUAGUUCACCAAAUAUUUACUGUUUACUCUCCCUCAAAUGGUUACAAACCUUGCUUUCUUUUUUUCUGUUGAACAUAUUCUACAGAAAGCUGAAAACCAGUAACCAUUGACUUCCAUUGUAGGAAAAACAAUUACUAUGAAAGUUGAACAUUUUUUGAAAUAUCUUCUUUAGUGUUCAACAGUAGAAUGAAACUCGAAGGUUGAGUAAAUGAUGACAGUUUUGAUUUUUGGGUGAGCUAUCCCUUUAAUAACAACACAUCUCAUUUAUCAUUUGAAAAAGCAUUGGAAUGGUGCAAUUUUUACAGAACACACUCAUCAAAUGACCCUGUUCUUGUAUUUACUGAUUCUGGCAAGGGAUGUCUGACACUUAAUGAAUGAAUAAAGGGACCAACGAUGUUUCAA